AUGAUUCUUCAAGGUGCGCUGCAAUUCGGGGCUCUGUUCGUGUUCAACUUAGUCAUCGGAAUCUUUCUUGUCAAAUCGAGCGGCUUCCUGGGCACGAACUUCAUCAUCCUCGAAGAUGUGGUCACAAUCAUUUUGCUGUCUCGUCUGCUAUUUCAUCUGCGCGAGACCCGACCACAAGGACCAUUUUCAAGCACCUCUGAGUCCCAGUCGUCUCGCUCGACCUUCAGGGAUGCGUUCAAGCAGAUCAACGCUAUGCUGCAUGAACUUGAAGCGGCGGAGCCUUCGAAUGAUGACCAAGAAAUACGUGACAAUGUCGACGACCGCAUGGAUGACAACCCCGAAGUCUUACAAGACGAUAGUGACAUCGAGCUUUCCACGGCAUGCACCAUUGGCAGCGAGUCGCCCGAUCCUCGUCACGGUCACCUCGAUCAGGGCGUAGAAUUGGACUCGGAAACAUAUAACUCGGCGCGCACCUAG